AUGGCGCCGGAUGUGGUGGGCGAAACUGGUUUUGGCGUGGACAGCCUGAUCGAAGACUACCACCGUUUGGCAGAUUAUUUACCAAACUUCGAGACCACUAUUGAGAGAUUGGAGCCCAUUGGAGACACAAUGUUUGCCACUACAAAAGUUCGGCUGGUUCUGUCGGCAGCCACACUACAACGCACCUUUCCUCUCCUGGCUCCUAGUGAAAAGCAAAAUGACGGGUCGCCAUUUGCUACGACGUUACUCGGAGAACAACUUGUAACGCACGGUUCAACUCAAUUCAGGUGGUGCAACAGCACAAAACGGGUUAAGCUUCUGCAGUUUUCGGUUGACCUACUGACCCCGAUGCUGCAGUUACUGGGCGAUUUGAGGAUAGUAUCCUGUGUUUUUGACAAAUCACUAAUUACCAGCGACUGCAGAUUGGCUGGAGUUAGCAUCUCGGACCUGCCUUAA